AUGCAUCUCAAAUCUCUGCUUGCCGUCGUCUUUGCCUUCGCGACCGCCGCAACCGCCGUUUCUAAAGAUCGCUGCAACUGCCGCUGCACAUCCGUCCCGAUCAACAACGCCAAGGACUGCACCAAGGACAACAUAUGCCCGGACGGGCAGGCGUGUCGCUUUGAAAUACCCAACUACAGCCAAAGAAAGGUCUGCAAGUGGACCUGCGACUCUUCCAAACCCGUUUCUAAUAAGCGCUGUGACUGCCGCUGCGAGCCCAUCCCGAUUUCCAACGCCAGGGACUGCACCGAGGACAAUGCAUGUCCAGAAGGACAGACGUGCCGCUUCGAAAUACCCAACUAUAGCCAGAGGAAGGUCUGCAAGUGGACCUGCCAGGUGUCGCGCACGACUUCUUGA